GCGCAGGAUCGGUGCGCAUCCCCGGAAAAACAAGCGGAACACGUGGGAUGGGGUUAUGUAUAACGUUAAUGUGGACAAUAUUUAGGCAUUUCUCUCCGUUUUGGAUCAACGAAAGGAUUUUAGGAAGAGAGAACUGUCCAGAUGAGCGUGUGUUUACCUACAAAAAGAGACCAUGAGAGGUCACAGUCACAGAGCUGGACGAACUGCCCGGAAGAGGAGGCAGAAACACGAAAGCAGCGCCCGGUCAGUGUCUCUGUGUCACCAGCCGCAGUAUGUGAAGCUCAUGAAGUUUCUUCACCACAGAGGAUUUUCCUCCACACUGCUUCAGCCAGCUCUCUUCACUGACACAGGCAGAGGACUGCAGACUCUCAGAACCAUAAAGCCCGGUCAGCUGAUUAUUUCUCUGCCGGAGUCGUGCCUCCUCACAACCUCCACCGUUCUGGACAGCUACCUGGGACGGUACAUCAAGAGCUGGAAACCUCGUCUGUCUCCCCUCCUGGCCCUCUGCAUCUUCUUGGUGUGUGAGCGGCACAGAGGAGAGGCCUCUGAUUGGUUCCCUUACAUCGAUGUGUUGCCCACAGUUUACACCUGCCCCGCCUAUUUCAGUGAUGAUGUCAUGGCUCUUUUACCUGCCAGUGUGCGAAGGCGGGCCUUGGAGCAGAGGGAGGCAGUGAAGGAAAUGCACUCCUCCAAUCAGGAGUUUUUCAGGUCCCUGCAGCCGGUUCUGAGCCAGCCCACAGCGGAUGUUUUGACCUAUGAGGCGCUGAGGUGGGCGUGGUGUAGUGUCAACACUCGCACUGUCUUCAUGAGCCAUCCUUCAAGCAGCUUCCUCUCAGGACCUGAUAAUUAUGCUUUAGCUCCCUUCCUGGAUCUGCUCAACCAUCGCCCUGACGUGCAGGUAAAAGCAGGUUUUAAUGAUGUGACAAGUUGUUAUGAAAUCAGGAGUGUGUCCGGGACUCUGCGCUACCAGCAGGCCUUCAUUAACUACGGUUCCCACGAUAACCAGCGGCUGUUGUUAGAGUACGGAUUUGUCACCACCGCCAAUCCCCACAGUGUGGUCUAUGUGGACACAGAUCUGCUCUGUGAUGUUUUAAGAGGUGACAGAAGUUUGACUCAGAAGAUCAAGUUUCUUAGAGAGAACAAUUUCCUACAUAAUCUUACUGUGUCCAGUGACGGUCCCAGUUGGAGGCUGAUGACGGCUCUCAGGCUGCUGUCGUUGCCACAAACACUGUAUGGAGUGGGCCUGUACAUGUGUGUGUGUUUUCACAGCCACCAGUGGAAGGCAGUGUUGCUCGGCCAGCUGGUGUGUGAGGAGAGCGAGCAGUGGAGUGUCCGGAUGGCUAAGAGUCUCUGUCAGCGACUACUGCAAGACACAUGUAGCGCUCUAGAUAAGGUCUCACACCUCCUCCAACAAUGUGAGCAGCCAAUUAGGGAGCAGCUAAAUGUGGUCAAGUCACUGCGGCAGGAAGAGAGGUGCAUCCUGGGAAGCUGCCUCAAGGCACUGGAGGAAUCACACAGACAUACUGACAGUCCACUUGGUGCUGUGAGCUGACAUCUGAUUGGCCCUCUCUUCUGGCAGCUGCUGCAAGAAGCCAAGUGAUUGGCUGAAGCAUUUCCUGUGCUGUGUGUUGACUGAGAAAAGCAAAAGGAUGAUCUGUUACUUUCUCUCAUCACCACCAGCUUAACUGCUCUAAGCUAAAAUACUACUACAGACUCGAGCAGAAACUCAGAGCUCAGUCCUUUAAACAGAAAGGAUGCAUCUUCAGCUUUAAAUACGCUAGUUUAUAUAUUUAUUUUUGUUUUAAUUAGUAGUUAGAUUUUGUAUUACACAUUUUAUGAAGCCACCAUAUAUCCCAGCUCCUGUUUAUGUUGUAAUUUACAAGGGACAUAUUUCAACUUUCAACUCUCAUCUUUUUAGUGUUGGAAUUUACUAGAGGAGCUUUGAAUGAUUCAUGGAUCAAUAUAAUCCC